GCAAGAGAGCAUGGCAUCAACAAGCCUCUCUCUCGCCAUCCUCUUCCUGAUCAUCACACUCUCCUCCAUAUCCAAAACCCACCAAACCCUAUCCCCGAGACCCGUUAACCGCUUCGUCAAGGAGAACCCUCACGCCAACAGAGGAGACAAAUGCAACUCAAACAAAGAGACCAUUUGCCCUAACGAUCCUGCCAAGAACGGAACGGACCUGCUCAGCUGUUGUAAGAACCGGUGCGUCGACGUGCUGAGGGACCGGAGCAACUGCGGUGGGUGUGGUGUCAAGUGCGGGUUCGGGCAGCUGUGCUGCAACGGGCUGUGCACGGUGGUGGCGUACGAUGUGAAUAAUUGUGGCAAGUGCGCGAACGUUUGUGCGAGUGGGGUUAAAUGUGAGUAUGGGGUUUGUGGGUAUGCUUGAUAUAUAAGUGCAUUAUUGGUUAAUUUUAUAAUAAAAUAUGUUUCAAUUUUUGCGAUAAAGAAA